AUGGGCUCAGGCCUCAACGCAGCUGCACCAGAGUUCCGACCUGCCUCGGCACCUGUCACCAUUCCUGCCCUACCCGAUGAUCCCUUUGACCUCAACAACCCCUCUGAGGUCGCUGUCUCGCCCGAUGAAUUGGAGGAACUGGAGUCGGUCGAGGCUUGGGUGAACAUGAUGGCGCAGAUCGAGGAGCAGGAACACGAGCACCUGAUCGCGCUUGGCCUGAGGUAUGCUGACAAGCAGAAGCUGCACGAUCUCACGACGCGUGUGGCGGCCCUCAAGUACGGCCGCUCCAAGACCAGCCCCGGGCAGCAGACCCAGGCGCGCUGGGGCAAGCAGCGGGGCUGA